AUGGCUGACCAAGACGUCGCAACCAGAGCGCCCGAAAGCGACGUCCAAGAAGACGCCUCGCAGCCCACCAUGACCGAGCACUGCGCCAGUGAUCGGCCCACCCCUGCUGGGGAAGUCUCGACUGGAGAGAUCACCAAGCUCAAUGGCGUAGACGUCUACAUCGCGAAGCCCAGCGACUACCCGCAUUCGCCCUCGAAGCUCCUCCUACUGCUCACGGGCGGAACCGGCAUCAAGUCGACAAACAACCAGCUUCAGGCGGACAAGUAUGCGAAAGAGGGCUUCCUCGUCGUGAUGCCGGACCAGUUCGAGGGUGACCCGGCGCCGAACGCAACCAUGCCUGCCAACGAGCAGCCGAGUUUCGUCGAACAGCUCAAGCUCGGUUUCGCCCAGACGACCAAGGCUUUCAUGCUGGACAUGUGGCUGGCUCGGCACACCCCCGAGAAAGUGCUCCCGAUCUUGCACAAAGUGAUCGAGGGUGUCAAAGAGGAGUUCGCCGAUGCCAUCGCGAAUGGGGGAGGCAUAUAUGGAGCCGGGUACUGCUUCGGUGCAAGAUAUAUUCUCAUUCUUGCUGGAAAGCAUUCCGAUACGGUCGCGUGGGGCCAGCAGAGCAAGCCUGAAGAUGUGGAGAGCGGCGCAGUGGAGAAAGGCCCAGAGAUCAAAGUUGGCGCUAUCGCCCACCCCACGACGAUGACUAAGGAGGAGUUGGCGGCCAUCGCAGUCCCUGUCUCAUUGGCUCUCGUCGAGAACGAUCCCGUGUUCCCGGAUGAGCUCGCGACGGCGGGCAAAGAAGCGCUCGAAAAGAACGGUGUCGAGCACGAGAUCAAGACUUACUCGGGCGUCCCUCACGGCUUCGCCGUGCUUGGAGAUUAUGAGGACUCUAAGAUCACUUCGGAGCAACAGAUUGCCUAUGGACAGAUGCUUGGCUGGCUCCAGACACACUAA